UGUUUAGCUCCUGUCACGCUUUUAUGAUAAAUCUGAAAUCCAGAAUCUGGAAUCGUACAUCGAGACGUUAACAUCAUCAUCGCCGCACAUUCGCAGUCGCCGUCGGAUCGGUUUGGUUCGGUUUCAUCAGCGGGAUUCGCAGGACACUCCAGUUCAGUUGCCGUCGCCUCUCUAAAACUAUGGAGCUUAACGAGACAUCCUCCAAAAGAGUGUUUUAAAAGUGUAAUUUUAAAUAAUAAAAAAGGUGCUUAUUGUUGCUUAAACUUUUAAACUUCGUGCAAUUUAAAACCACGUUCUACUUAAACCAAACAAAAUGAACAAAGAAGAAAAUUCCUCCGAAACACGCCCAUCAUCUCAAGAGCUCCACAGUCCCCAGCGGCACUGCUAUACCCCUCCGCCGGCCCCGAUGCACGGACAGCCGCCCCCACCGACUUCGGGAGGCGUGGCCCCGCCCUCACAGCAGCCGCCCUCUCAUCCCGCCGCCCCCAACGUGUCCGCCGGGCGGUUGCUGAGCUGGAACCACGGUGCUGCUGCGGCAGCCGCGGCGGCAGCAGCAGCGGCAGCCAACUCCAUGAACCACUCGUCGUCGACAGAAGCCUCUUCGAUGACCCGGAUUAAGGGCCAGAACCUGGGCCUCAUCUGCGUGGUGUGCGGCGACACCAGCUCCGGCAAGCACUACGGCAUCCUGGCCUGCAAUGGCUGCUCUGGAUUCUUCAAACGCAGUGUGCGGCGGAAACUCAUUUAUCGCUGCCAGGCGGGAACUGGACGAUGUGUGGUGGACAAAGCCCAUCGGAAUCAAUGCCAGGCCUGCAGGCUCAAGAAGUGCCUUCAAAUGGGAAUGAACAAGGAUGCCGUGCAAAAUGAGCGACAGCCCCGCAACACGGCCACUAUACGGCCGGAGACCCUGCGGGAGAUGGAACACGGACGGGCGCUGCGAGAGGCCGCCGUGGCCGUCGGGGUUUUCGGACCACCCGUGCUACUGUCUCCGCCCUGCUACGGCUCCGGACUCCUGCCCCCGCCCUCACUGGGCAGCCUGCCGACGGGACGACUGCUGCACCACAACCACCUCACCUCCUCCAUGCAGUUGGCGGCGAAUCACAUGGGCGCCGGAAGCUUUCCCAUGUUCAACGCCGCCGGAGUCCACCACUCGCCCAAGGAGAAGGCCUACGGGAUGGAGCUGGCCAGCAGUGGCAACGUCUCCCACUCGACCAACUCGAGCAGCAACCACUCCAUCGAUCCCAGCUCACCGGCGCCCGAGAACACCAAGGAGAAGAACAACGCCGGCGGCAGCGUCUCCUCCAUCAGCUCCUCCAGUCCCACGAUGGAAAAUGACAAUGAUGACGACUCCAUCGAUGUAACCAACGACAACGAGGAGCCGCACACGGUCAGCAGAUCGGACUCCAGCUUCAUCAUGCCGCAGUUCAUGUCGCCCAAUCUCUAUGCCCACCAGCACGAGACAGUUUACGAGACGAGUGCCCGACUGCUCUUCAUGGCCGUCAAGUGGGCCAAGAACCUGCCCAGCUUUGCGCGUCUCUCCUUUCGGGAUCAGGUGAUUCUUCUGGAGGAGUCCUGGUCUGAGCUUUUCCUGCUGAACGCUAUCCAGUGGUGCAUCCCCUUGGAUCCCACGGGCUGUGCUCUCUUCUCGGUGGCGGAGCACUGCAAUAAUCUGGAGAACAACGCCAAUGGGGACACUUGCAUAACCAAGGAAGAGCUGGCGGCGGAUGUGCGAACCCUCCACGAGAUCUUUUGCAAAUACAAGGCGGUACUGGUGGAUCCUGCAGAAUUCGCUUGCCUCAAGGCGAUAGUUCUGUUCCGACCCGAGACCCGCGGCCUGAAGGAUCCGGCGCAGAUUGAGAAUCUCCAGGAUCAGGCGCACGUAAUGUUGUCGCAGCACACGAAGACGCAGUUCACGGCGCAGAUCGCCAGGUUCGGACGACUCCUCCUCAUGCUGCCACUACUGCGCAUGAUCAGCUCCCACAAGAUCGAGUCCAUUUACUUUCAGCGCACCAUUGGCAACACGCCCAUGGAGAAGGUGCUCUGCGACAUGUAUAAGAACUAGUUAACUCGUGCUUUAAGUUACAACAAAUUGAAAUAAAUAUGGUUUAUGUGUCUUGAAUGUUAA